UUGGCUCCACGUACACACAGUAGAAGUUCCGGUGUAAACGACGGCUUCGGAUCCGUGUCGGGAAAAGCCCUGUCCCGAUUGUUCUGCUUCUUCUUCUUCUUUGUUUUAUUUUUAUUUUUUUAUGAACGCAGGUGUUGGUUUGGUUUUGAAUGAGGUCCAGUUUAAGCUAAAGUUAGCAGACAUCGCGCGCGGCCUCGAGGAUGUUCACGCUGCUGUCGGGGUUGUAUAAAUUCAUGUUCCGAAAGGACGAGUUCUGCGUCCUAAUCCUGGGCCUGGACAACGCCGGGAAAACGACCUUCUUGGAACAAACCAAAACCAAGUUUAGUAAGAACUAUAAGGGUAUGAAUCUAAACAAGAUCACUACUACCGUAGGCCUGAACAUUGGUACCAUCGAUGUGGGCAAAGCUCGCCUCAUGUUUUGGGAUCUGGGAGGUCAAGAGGAGCUCCAGUCUUUGUGGGACAAAUACUACGCAGAGUCCCACGGAGUCAUCUACGUGAUUGAUUCCACUGACGAAGAGCGUCUGUCGGAAUCCAAGGAGGCGUUUGAGAAAAUGAUCUGCAGCGAGGCGUUAGAAGGUGUCCCGCUCCUUGUGCUUGCCAACAAGCAGGAUGUUCCGGACUGCCUGUCGGUCCCAGACAUCAAGACGGCUUUUAGUGACUGCGCUGCAAAGAUCGGAAAGAGAGACUGCCUGGUUCAGCCGUGCACAGCCCUCACUGGGGACGGAGUGAACGAAGGCAUUGAGUGGAUGGUAAAGUGUGUGGUCAGGAAUAUCCACCGGCCACCCCGACAGAAGGACAUCACCUAAGACACUGAAAUCUCUCUGGACCAAACAGACUGGAUUCUUUUGCCCAUGUGGCCGUCUAGAUUCACUCCGCUCUCUUUUUCAUGACAGAGUGAGCAGAGAUGAGGCCCCUGAAUCUCCUACCAUUUCCGAAACUCACUUUUUGCUCCAGUCAGACUACAUACAGGUCCUAGAGAACUGGAGCUUCUUGUGAACAGACGCUGUUACAUUUCCUCACCGGUCUGCACACGGCCUUCAUCCCUGCACUCAACGCUCUCCUUAAGACCAGGAUCCAGCCCCCUAUUUCCUGUUGACCAAAGCUCCAGCUUCUCCUGCAGCAGGCCCUCUCGUCUGAUGGACUUCAUGGUAGUAACUGGUGCAGGAUUCUUGUUUCAAACAUCUCGAACCAUCAGACAUAAAGACUGCCUCCUGAGCCCCAGCUGUGUUUGAAAGCCACAGAGAAGGUCUCUCUAAAAACAGUCCUGGACCUGCAGGUCUAAGAAUUGGAGCCCGUGGACUUGACAUCUGCUGGAUCCACGUGUGAAGUUUUGAAGAGAUAUGAAGUCUGUGAACGGUUUGUUUUGAAAUAAAGAAUAGUUUCAUAAAUGGU